GGAAUAUACUCCGUACACAGAUUUCAUUUAAGAGAUACGAAAAAGCAUCUCAAAUACUCCGAAUUCUGUAUGGCUUUUUCGGUCUUCGUCAUCAACCUAAGAGGGCCCAUAAAAAAACGGAUGCCCCUUUCAUCACCCAGCACUCUAUUCUCCAUUGAAAACUGAAACAAGUACUCUGUAUUCUAUAGCUUCGAUUCAUACCCAGCUUCCCUGUUCCCCCUUUUUUGUUUGUGCUUUAAGACUUCAUUCUCUAUCUCCAUAUACAAUCUUCUCCCAUUUACGGAUUCUAUUCUCAUCCAUUCUUACUCUUCAUCAGCUUCUUGAACAAACAAACACCCAGUUCUUCUCCCAAGCCUUACAGCUCUUUUUCUCUUUAAAGUUGAUCGACAUAGCAUUACAGACUAAUUCCAUUUCUCUUCUCUCGAUUUUCUGUAAAGAUUGGAAGUUGUAGCCAUUUUUGUUGCAAGAAAGAUGUUUGUUUCACUGCCCUGGUUGAUCUAUCGGCCAGUUUUCACGGCUUCUCUGGGAAACUUCAGCAGGUAUGGCUAUAAUGGUCGUCUUGGUGGGUUUUGUAUUGGGAAUGAAAAUGGGAAGGAGUUGAAUAAUAAACGAGCUGUUAAGAUACCCAAGAAUGGGAGAUUGAAUGUUUCCCCUCAGGCUGCUACCUCUGAUCAUGGUCAAACGCCAAAUUCAUCUACAGUCGAAUUUUAUCAGGAGAUUUUAAGAGAUGCUAGGGAAAAGUUUACGCGGGAGAUAUCUUUCGAGUUGAAGGACACAGAUAUAUUACUAGCAAAGGCUUUGCUUUAUGUUGGCGCUGAAGAUGAGUCAUUAAUAGCGUUCAAUCGUGAGAAGGAUGCUCUUUACCUCCAAACUGAAAGACGAGCCUCUGCCAAGUCACCAUCUGAUGCUCGUCCGGCUUGGUCAAAUGUGGAAGCUAUGCCACUAGCUGGAAAAACUAUGGAUGAUUGGUUGCGGGAAUUGGAUGAUAUUGCAAAUGAGGUUGAGUCGGUGCUGGUUUCAAGAAAGAUUGGACGUGGAUCAGUUGAGGUUAUGGACGCAGUGAACACUGUUUUUUUCAACUUGAAAGGUUUCAGAAGGUCAAAUGUAUUGUCUGAUUCCACGUGCUCAUACUUGCACUCGGUAUUAUGCUCUGGAUCUUGUAGUGCAAUAAUGCUUAGUGUUAUUUACAUUGAAGUAUGCCAAAGACUCAAUCUAAAAAUUGUGGGAUCCCGAGUUGGUGAAGAUUUUAUAAUAUGGCCCCAAACAGCAAACCCUGAGGAGCUAUUCAAAACAACAGCCGGGCACAGCUUGUUUGGUAUUCUCAAUGGGAAGUGUGUGGAGGACCCUCAGUCAAAGGCCUCAGACAUCACCAAUCACUCACUUUCAGGGCUUGAGAUUGCAACGAACCGGGAUAUCAUUGGGAUUGCUUUGGCCAAUUUGAUUAGGCUUCACUGGAAACGUGCUUCAAAAGCAUACCAUGGAUUGAUGCUUACUUCUCCACUUGAAUUUAUGUAUAAUGCUGAAAAAAGAAAACGCAAGAGCGAUGCGCCAAAUUUCCCCGUGUUAAGGCCUCAGGAGUUAAGGUUCAAGAUGCUAAGUUGCAACAUUGGCAUGACAAAGGGAGAAUUAUGAUUUCCGAAGCAUAAUUUUUUUCUCAAUGAUUUAAAAAAUAUAAAAAUAAAAUAAAAAAACAUGCACCACACUUUUACGUGAUCUUGAAUAAAUAAUUUGCCCUAACUUCUAACUUGUUUGGCUCUAACUUCUAAUAUUGAAACUAAACCUUUUCUCCAUCUUUAUGCUCUAGAACUAUAAAAUUUGAAACUUUAAUCACAUUCUUAUUUUUUUUAUUAAAAUAAAUUAUCUGAAUUUAUUUCAGAUAUGGAUUUUCUGAAUAAUUUGAGUAUAUUUCUGAUGGGCUAAUAUGCCCUUCACAAAACAACCACUAGCCCUCCCUCUCGAUGUGGGAGGGGUGGCGCGAUGAAUCAAUAUUUCAUCCUCCCUGAUGGAGUCAUGUUUGUAAUACUAAAAUCAGUAUUCCAAACAUAACUCUUUUUAUUGGACAAAGGAAGUACAUUUCUUGCUUGCUUGUGACAUACAUAGUGUAACAUUUGAAGUUAUAUUUUUUUUGCACAAAUCGGGUGGAAGUGUUUCACGUUUAGAUUUAGUCAUCUGUUUAUAAUGAAUUACAUGGCAAUCAUAUGCGAAUGUUUUAGUUCUCAUAACUUCAUGUUUUAUUGCAUUUUGAGCUUUUCCUGACUUGCAAAGGAUAAAUACUAUUGUUAAUUUUGAAUAAAUUGCUUGUUUAGCCCUUCAUCAAUUAUGCAGCAUUGGCAAUUUUAGUCCACCAUUUAACUUGUACUAAAAAACAACUUUCUUUGAUAUAUAAAUAUGAAAGAAUGAAACUGUGCGAGAUUGGCUUGUAUUUGAUGAUGCCCAUAGAAAUGUACUCCGUAGUAGUUUGGAAGUGGCUUUGCUUACAAUGGCAUUAAUUUAUAGGCUGGCAAUGAUGGCUUCAGAAAGAUUGAUGAUUCUCCAGCCCCACAAUUGGUCUCUGAGGAGAGACCAUGCAAUGAUGUUGUAUUAUACGAGGGACUAUGAUGCGGCCAUCCGGGAGCUUAGCAUUUGCAUGAUAUUUGCCCCAGAAGAGCAAGUCGAAGUUCUGAUGCCAUUCAUCCAAAAGUUGCACCUUUUGGAGGCUGAAUCAUCUUGGAAUUCGUUGGGGCAUAAGUGGUUGACCAUUCCUUGACUUAAUCAACCGAACUGCAACUGAAUAUUCCUUCUUGACUUGAUUGGUGUUCUUACUCUGCUGAAUUGCUACUCUAACUCAGACCAGGACUUCUUGGCGUGCCUGUUAAGAAUAUAUUGAUACUUGGUUGGCUUUAACCCUAGUCCAGUCGGCAACUGUAAAUUUGUUUUGUUGUUAAAAGUCAUAUUAUGCUUUGUUAGUUAGAGUCUAAUUGCAGAACAAAGAUCUUGUCGAACUUUCUUAGAAAGUUAGUAUAAAUCAUGUACUGGUUGUAAUGCUCCUUGCAUAUGUUUCUUUAUUUCGUUCUUUUUUGUUCUUAAUUGUGAAUACAUGUAUAUAAAGAGCCCUGCUUCUUUUUCUUUUUUUGCCUUGUCCAAAUAAAAAGAGUUCAUUUUGAGCGGCUGAGGUCCGAGGAAACCUGUUAAUGAAAUUUGUCAAAAGAUUGUCUUUUAUGACAACGUCAUCUUAUUAUAAAGAAAUGCAUAUUUUCAUAUGGAUGAGAGACAUGCAUAUAAUAACAUCCCCAAUCUGUGUAUAUAUUUAUUUAUUUAUUAUGAUAAGAUGACGUCAUAAAAGGCAAUCUUUUGACAAAUUUCAUUAACAGGUAUCCUCGGACCUCAGCUGCUCAAAAUGAACUCUUUUUAUUUGGACAAGGCAAAAAAAAAAGAAAAAGAAGCAGGGCUCUAAACAAGCAGGGCUCUUUAUAUACAUGUAUUCACAAUUAAGAAUAAAAAAGAACAAAAGAAAGAAACAUAUGCAAGGAGCAGUACAGCCAGUACAUGAUUUAUACUAACUUUCUAAAAAAGUUCAAUAAGAUCUUUGUUCUGCAAUUAGAUUCUAACUAACAAAGCAUAAUAUGGCUUUUAACAGCAAAACAGAUUUACAGUUGUCGACUAGACCAGGGUUAAACCAACCAAGUAUCAAUAUAUUCUUAACAGACACGCCAAGAAGUCCUGGUCUGAGUUAGAGUAGCAAUUCAGUAGAGUAUGAACACCAAUUAAGUCAAGAAGGAAUAUACAUUUGCAGUUUAGUUGAUUAAGUCAAGGAAUGGUCAACCACUUAUGCCCCAACGAAUUCCUAGAUGAUUCAGCCUCCAAAUGGUGCAACUUUUGGAUGAAUGGCAUCAGAACUUCAACCUGCUCUUCUGGGGCAAAUAUCAUGCAAAUGCUAAGCUCCUGGAUGGCCGCAUCAUAGUCCUGGAACAAUCCCGGAUUUGUUUAGGUCAUUUUUCAAAAUUCAGAAAUUUUAACAAUGGAUAAAUGAUACGGAGUAUAUAAAAAAGGCCCCUGAUCAAUAAGCCAAAGAAAUGGUAAAGUCGAAAAAAUAAGAAUUUGUGUUCAAGUAGUUGAGUGGUUUAUGUGUUCUCUACAACAUAUAUUAUAUGUGUUCUGAAUUUACAGUUAUUGAGGAUAAUUGUUCCAAAAAAUGUUAACGUUCUCUAACAUAGUAUAUUUGAAAAUAAAACAUACCUCGAAUAAUACAGCAUCAUUGCAUGGUCUCUCCUAAGAGACCCAUUGUGGGGCUGGAGAAUCACCAAUCUUUCUGAAGCCAUCAUUGUCAGCCUAUAAAUUAAUGCCAUUGUAAGCAAAGUCACUUCCAAACUACUACGGAGUACAUUUCUCUGGGCAUCAUCAAAUACAAGUCAAUCUCGCACAGUUUCAUUCUUUCAUAUUUAUAUACCAAGGAAAGUUGUUUUUAGUACAAGUUAAAUGGUGGACUAAAAUUGCCAAUGCUGCAUAAAUGAUGAAGGACUAAACAAGCAAUUUAUUCAAAAUUAACAAUAGCAAUUAUCCUUUGCAAGUAAGGAAAAGCUCAAAAUGCAAUAAAACAUGAAGUUAUGAGAACUAAAACAUUCGCAUGUGAUUGCCAUGUAAUUCAUUAUGACUAAAUCUAAACGUGAUACACUUCCACCCGAUUUGGGCAAAAAAUUAUAACUUCAAAUGUUACACUAUGUAUGUCACAAGCAAGCAAGAAAUGUACUUCCUUUGUCC